AUGCCUCAGCGUCGGAAGAGUAAGCGCCAGGGCCGCCAGACACAGCACCAGGCCCAGGGCUCACGCAAAUUUUAUUACGUCAGUACCAUUAUUGACGUGUUGGAGCACUUCCUUGUGCAGAAGUAUAAACUGGAGCAGCCCAUCCUGAAGGAAGACAUGCUGAAGAUUAUUGGCGAAGAGAAUGAAUCCCAAUUUCCAGAGAUUCUCAAGAAAACCGCUAAGCGCAUUGAGAUCCUCUUUGCUCUUGACUUGAAGGAAGGUGACUCACCUAGACCAUGAUAUGACUUGGUCAGCAAAUUGAAGCUCCCCAACAAUGGGAGGGUGCAUCCUGGCAGGGGCUUUCCAAAGACGGGUCUCGUGAUGCGUGUUCUGGGUAUCAUCCUCUUGCACAACGGCUGUGCUCCUGAGGAAGACAUGUGGAAACACCUGAGGAACAUGAGACUAUAUCCUGGAAAGAGGCACUUCUUCUACGGGGAACCCAGGAAGCUCAUCACCCAAACUUUGGUGAGACUCAAGUACCUGGAGUACCGCCAGGUGACUGGCAGUGAUCCCCCUCGCUAUGAGAUCCUGUGGGGCCCCAAAGCCCACGCUGAAACCAGCAGGAAGAAAAUCCUGGAAUUUGUAGUGAACAGCAGGAAAGAAAUUCCCAGUGUCUUCCCAAUCUUUUGUGAAAAAGCCGUGCAAGAUGAGGAAGAAAAAGCCCAAGUCAGAGCUGCAGCCAAUCUUGGCACCACUGGCCAUGCCCAGAAGGGUCUCCCCAGCUCUACUGAAGUCUGA